AUGUUGUGUUGGUUCCUGUUUCCAGCUCUCUUGCUGCCUGCUGCUGAAGGCUCUGACAGUCACCUGAUGGAGCCUCACAGCACAGGAGAGGAGGCUGCUGCACGUCCUCCUGGGAAUCUGGGCCCUUGCUUUCCAAGCCCGUGUUUUCACCAAGGAGAUUGCAAGGAGGUUGGCAAUAGACCCGUUUGCACUUGCAAGCCAGGCUUCACUGGCCCGUUCUGUAAAGAAAUGGUGGUGAAAUUGCAAUGUGAGGAAGAGUACAUGAAGAUGAUGGUGAGAAAGGAAGUGUUUGAAAUGCUGAAGAUCCCCUUAGCACUGGUCCACUUGAAGAACAGCUCCUGCAAAGUCUCUGAGCAAUACGAUGAAGGAGCAGGUUUCUGGGGAGCAAAACUGACUGGAGAGAACCAUACCACAUGUGGGUCUGUGAUUAAGGUCAACAGCUCCCAUGUGCAUUACGCCAAUGUGAUCGAGUCAGGCAGAGAGGAUCAGGGUGUAAUCACUAGGAGCAUCCUCACCCAGGUUCACUUCUCCUGCAUCUACGCCUACAAGCGUGUGGUCGGUCUGCUCCACCCAAUCAAGGCUAUGGACACGAUUGUGCAGUUUGCAGUCAAGGAAGGGGACUUCACGGUGACGAUGGUGCUUUACGAGAACGCCACCUACGAGCACCCCUACCGCCAACAGCCGCUGACACUCCUCAUGACUGACACCCUCUACGUCCUCCUGCAAAUUGAAGGGCAGGAUCAGGUGAAGUACUUCUUCCUGAGCGUGGAAGACUGCUGGGGCACCCCGACGGCUGACCCAAACCACAGCACGAAGCACCCGCUGAUCAUGAAAGGGUGUCCCCACGACAAGACGCUGAGCUUCCUAAACGCCAUCGGAACCAGCACCACGGCGAAGUUCAAGUUUCAGAUGUUCCAGUUCAAAAACUUCACGGAGGUGUUCCUGCACUGCCAAGUGCGUCUGUGCAUACCAGACAACCAGGACCCCUGUGCCAAGCAAUGUCCCAGCAAGCAAAGGAGCAGGAGGGCGCUGUCGGAUGACUACAGGAAGAUUGUCUCCUACGGGCCCAUCCAGUUCCUGGUCCCGUCACACCUGGAAACACGGAAUGCCAAAGACCAACAGUCCCUCUGGAGCGUGCAGAUGUGGAUCCCUGGUGCGGUGGCGUCCGCAGGAAUUGCCGCCACCUUCGUCUUGAUUGCUGUUGCAAAAGCCAUGAAGAAGUGAGCAGCUUGUAAACAGCAGCAUCCCAAAUAAACCUCCUGAUU